AUGCCUGAGGUUUCAUUCAUAAAAAUUCUGUUUCUCUAUCCAAUCCUCUUUUAUCAAAAUUGUAUGGAUGCUCAAAGUGGUGAUUGUUACAAUAACGAUUGGUCAAAUAGGGUAGCAGAUUGCGCAGGAACUUUAUUUAAAGGCCGAUUUUCAUGUUCGGAGCAAAUAUCAUUAUAAUUCAAUAAUAAUAUACUAGGGCUCAAGUUUCGUUUUAAUUUCACAGGUGUAAAACUCGAUAGUUGGGAUGCAGGUUAUGAUUACUUACAAGUCUUAGUAAAUGAUGUAGUUAUAGAUACUGUUAGUUACGCUGCUAACUUGGGAACUAAUAUGUGUUUCAAUUCUGGCUAUCAAGAUAUGUUCUAUUCGAAAUCAUAUAAUUUUAAUUUACCAUAAGGAAAAACGUCAUUGAAAUUAACUUUACAAGGUCACUUUGAUGAGGAUGUAGAUAAUGAGGCUUGGGGGGCUAAGAGAUUCACUUUAGAGAUUUUCUAGCCUUGUGUAGAAUUUUAUAGUGAUUGCAAUUUUUAAGGAGAAGUUUGGAGAAUUUGUAAUGGAAAUCAAACAAGCUAAGUUAGAAAUAUUCCUUUUGAAAUUAAAUCAAUCCUAAUUGUAAAUGGAAUAUAAGUCAAAAUGAGAGAUCCAAAGUACCAUGGUGGCCAAACUUAAACAUACACAUCAAGUCAAUAUUGUUUAUCAAGUUAUUAAUUCCCCAAAUAUAAUCAAAACGUUUGA